AUGGAAAUGAUUGUCGGUAUUAUGAGUAUAAUGACGUCAGGUGCUGUUUAUGCUCCAUUAAGCACAAACGAUCCUUUCAAUCGACUUGAAUCGAUCAUUCAUGAAGUUAAUGCCAAGCUAGCACUUGUGAAUCAAAUGUCACAUUCAUAUGUGAGCAUGUUUAGUGUCCCUAUUCUCAAUAUAUCUGAAGUAGUCGAGUCCCAUAAUUCUUUGAACGAUGCACAAAUGAAACAAUUGUCUCAAGUUACUGUAACACCCGAUUCUAUCUGCCAUAUUGUAUUCACGUCAGGAUCAACAGGCACUCCGAAAGCUGUUCAAAUUCGUCAUCGCAGUUUCAUGAAUUGCAUGCAAACACAUAUUAUACAGACCAACGAUAUUGUUCUCCAGCUUACAAGUUCUUCUUUGGAUACUCACUUGGAGGAUAUUGAUGGUGCACUUAUUCGAGGUGCUCAAUUAGUGGAACUGAAGGCUGAAGGUCAUUUUGAUUUCGAUUAUGUGACACAAACUAUUCAUGAUAAACAAGUCACCUUUGUCGGGCCUGUACCAUCAUGGAUGAAUGCUUUAGGCAAAUUUCUCAAUGAAAAUAAUCGUGCUCAAGAAAGAGUUAAAACAGUACGCUGUUGGUAUUUAGGAGGUGAGAAGAAGAUAAUAUUUAGUGUCUAA